CGUACUUCCAACUGUUUUUGGUCGCAUGGCUUUAUUAUGCAAUUUUACAGCACUACUGUUUUCAAUGUCGCACUUUCGAAAAUCCAGUUUCUGCGAGCUGCGAUCGGACUGCCAAUUUCGGACUUACACAGAACCGCCCGAUGCUGUAACUCGCACUCUCAGUGAUCGGCGAUCCUCGACGGCGGAAUGACUUCAAACCAGGUGUUGGCUCCGACACUACCCUUCAUGGGUCAACUCCCGGGCCCAAUGGUCCCAGGUUGUCGGAUUCGCCUCAAAGCCAAGAUCAACCGUCCGAACGGCGAUCUUCGGCUUCACCUUCAAUCCGGCGCUUCCCUGAACCCGAUGGACGACGUCCCGUUGCAUUUGACCUUCCUACCAGCAACCCGUGAAGUCAUCCGGAACAGCUACGCCGCAGCUCGCUGGGGUCAGGAAGUCCGCACCCCGAACAGUCCCAUCAACUUCGAGGAGGACUUUGACCUCGCGAUCAGCGCCCAUCCCCAAGGAUUCAACCUGGAAAUCAACAGCGAACCUCCAACCAGCUUCAACAACCAAUCCCCACAAGACCGCAUCACCCACAUCUUCCUCACCGGUGGUGCCGUAGUCCAGUCCAUAACCUACGACAACUGGAUCGUCACGCCAACAAUCCCGAAGGAGAUCAUGCCGAGUGCCCCCGCGUUCGCUCCCAGCCCGGUGCCGGUUCCGUUCCAGAUUCCGGCGUGGCCACACACCGGGCACGUGCAGUUCUUUGGGCCACCGCCGCCAAUGCUCUAUUCGCCCCAGCAGCCGGCCUUCAAUCCGGCCAUGAUGAUGGGGCCGCAGCAGCCGUUGUUGGUGAAUAUCCCUGGAUUGGCCCAGAAGAAUAACGAUAAUGGAACUACUAUGCAGUACCAAAUUAUGGUGACUGUGCUAUGGAAAUUGGUCUGCGUUUUGUUCAAAAUCCUCAAAUAUAUUGCGGUUGCCGUGAUCUGUGGAUUUGGUGUGUACAUAAUUUCGAAAAGAUUACGAUUGUAAAUCAUUACAGAAGCUCUGUCUCAC